CGUCUGCAAUGCACAGAAUUGUGAAAUGUUUUCCUGUAUGGUUAGUAAAUCCAUUGUACUGGUUUUUUCCAAUUUUCUUCAUGAGUAAAACGGGGAAAAAUUACAAAAAAGACAUUGAAAUAAUUCAUCGUUUCGACGAAAAGCUGUUUAAGAGAAGAAAAGAAAAUUUGGUGAAAAAAAUGCAGCAGCAACAUUCCUUAGACAAAGAGACACAUAAUGAAGAAGAACCAAAGAUGAAAACAAAACAGCGUAUUAUCGAUUCCCUGUUGGAUCUUCAUGUCAAACAAGGUUUAAUAUCGGAAGAAGACGUUAUCAGAGAUAUGGGAGCUACUAUUUUCGCGGUAGGCAUAAUUUACUAAAGGUAUGAUCGGGAAUAAUUAUAAAAUCUUGCAUUUCAAUAUUAUUUUUAUUAUGCUGAACUAAUAUAAUGUUAUCUAAACAACGUAUCGAAAUAUAAGUAAUUUCACAAAGAGUUAACGCAGCGACAAAAAUUAUAAUUAAAGUAUAACGUAAAACCUAUUUCAAGAAUAAUCAUAAUUACUUUCUUGUAAUUGACAACACUACGUCUUGUUUAUAA